GCGAGGACCUGCUGGUGCCACGGGCGGGGAGGGGGGGAUAGCGGCACCCUCUCCCCCGGUCCCUUCCCGGCAGGAUGAGUGGUAGAGAAGCGGGUGACGCCCCUCAGGAGAGGGUCCGCGGCUGCCCGGAACCACUGCGGCCGCGGGUGGGCGUCCCCCGUCCCCCCUCGGAGCCGGCGUGAGGCAGGACCGCGGUGGGGAGGGAAACCGAGUUUGCGGCGCCGCUGCCGCCGGUGCGCGGGGGCAGGAGCGGGAGCGGGCGAGCGGAGGCACCGCCGGCACAGCGGCCCCGCCGGGCCGUCCCUGCGCAGCCCCCGGCCGCCCACCCACCAGCCCCGAUCGCCGCCGGCGGGGUCGGGCGGGGGGUAGGUGGGAGCGGCGGGGGCGGGCGGCAGCCUCGGGGGUCGUCGCCAUGACGAGCGGGCGUGCCGCCGCCUCCCGCUGCUGAGCGGGGCGGCCGCUGUCCCUUCAGCACCGCGCGGCCACCGGGGCCGCCCUGCCCUGCCCUGCCCGGCACCUGCACCCCACCGGCACGGGCACCGGCAUCCCCUCAGCAUCCCCCCAGGACCCCCUCGGCACCGUCAUCCCAGCGGCACCGGCAUCUCCCCGGCACCGGCAUCACCCCGACACCUCACCGGCACCAGCACCCCCCGGGCAGCGAAGCGAGCCCUGGCGGCCCCCGCGGGCGGCGGCGAUGGCGGGCGGGGGCCGGGGGCGACGGGGAGCGCCGGCGGGGGGCUGCGGCCGCUGAGGCAGCAGGUAUUCAUUCCCUACACACUUUUGGAAGGAGCUCACUAUGACAGGGCAGAGUCUGAAUGCUUUAUCUGAAGCGAAUUUUGAAGACAAUGAGAUCAGCAUCAACGUUGGAGGCUUUAAGAAAAAGAUGAGAUCCAACACAUUAUUAAGGUUCCCUGAGACCAGGCUGGGCAAAUUGCUGAGCUGCCACUCAAAGGAGUCAAUACUGGAGCUUUGCGAUGACUAUGAUGAUACCAAGAAUGAAUUUUAUUUUGACAGGAACCCCGAGCUCUUUCCUUAUGUGCUACAUUUUUAUAACACCGGCAAGCUCCAUGUGAUGGGAGAACUCUGUGUGUUUUCUUUCAGCCAGGAGAUUGAAUACUGGGGAAUCAAUGAAUUCUUUAUAGACUCCUGCUGCAGUUAUAGCUACCAUGGGAGGAAAAUGGAGCCAGACCAAGAGAAAUGGGAGGAACAAAGUGACCAGGAAAGUACCACAUCUUCUUUUGAUGAGAUUUUGGCAUUCUACAACGAUGCCUCUAAAUUUGAUAAACAGCCCUUUGGAAACAUCAGGAGGCAGCUCUGGCUUGCUUUGGAUAAUCCUGGGUACUCGGUUUUAAGCCGCAUCUUCAGUGUCCUUUCAAUAGUGGUGGUGCUGGGCUCCAUCGUGACCAUGUGCCUGAACAGCCUCCCAGACUUUCAGAUUGUUGACAGUAAUGGGAACCCCGAGGAAGACCCUCGCUUUGAAAUCGUGGAACAUUUUGGUAUUGCAUGGUUCACUUUUGAACUGGUGGCAAGAUUUGCAGUAGCUCCUGACUUUUUAAAAUUUUUCAAGCAUGCCCUGAAUUUGAUUGACCUAAUGUCUAUCCUUCCAUUUUACAUUACAUUAAUUGUCAACUUGGUGGUGGAAAGUAGUCCGACUUUAGCAAAUUUAGGCAGAGUUGCACAAGUCCUGAGACUCAUGAGGAUCUUUCGCAUCUUAAAGCUUGCUAGACACUCCACAGGUCUCAGGUCUCUUGGAGCCACCCUGAAGUAUAGCUACAGAGAGGUGGGCCUUCUUUUACUUUACCUCUCUGUUGGCAUCUCCAUUUUCUCAGUAGUGGCUUACACCAUUGAGAAAGAAGAGAAUGAGGGGCUAGCCACCAUCCCUGCUUGUUGGUGGUGGGCUACUGUUAGCAUGACCACAGUUGGCUAUGGAGAUGUUGUGCCAGGGAGCACUGCUGGCAAGUUGACAGCAUCUGCAUGCAUCUUAGCUGGUAUCCUAGUGGUAGUGCUUCCCAUUACACUGAUCUUCAAUAAAUUUUCCCACUUUUAUAGGCGUCAGAAGCAGUUAGAGAGUGCCAUGAGAAGCUGUGAUUUUGGUGAUGGCAUGAAAGAAGUUCCAUCCAUCAACUUAAGGGACUACUAUGCUUAUAAAGUUAAAUCCCUUAUGGCUAGUUUGACCAAUAUGAGCAGGAGUACCCCCAGUGAGCUGAGCCUGAAUGAUUCACUGCAUUAGCAUACAAGUCUGACAGCAGUUUGCAUGAGAGCUAUCAAGAGCUAUGUUUAUAAAUGUUUUCCUAUUUGUCUUCUUUUUUUUUUUCCAAAGGUUAGUGUUGCUGACACUGCACUUGGCACUUGAGAAACUAAAGACAUUUCUAUUACAAGUUGACAGUUUGCACAUUUUCAUCCUAUUGCAUUGGAUACUAAAUGCUGUCCUUUCCAUGCAAAUGUUACCACUUCCAUGACAUUAGUGCUAGUGGUAUAAAGAUGAUCUGUUACUUUGUGCAUUUUCUCAUCUGAGCAGAGAAAUGAACGUAGACAAGUGGAAUAAAAAUUUUCAGAUGUGACAUGAGUAAUGAAAAAAAUCACACAUCACCUAUACUGGUAUCUGUACUAGUGUAGGACUGCCAUGCAUUUUACAACAGUUUAAAACGAUCACCUGUGAGUCACUGAUAUGCGAACACUUUUAUCCAUAUUGCUGACCAGUAAUUCUGAUUGUCACUUGUCUGAAAACUCCACUAAGUUUGCUUACUCUUGAGUAUGUAUGUUAAAAUCUGGGUGUUCUUGUUCUGAAAUGUUAUGUAUAGUAAUACUUUUGAGACUCUCCUAAGCAUAGACCUUCCUGUGCUUCCAAGAUUAGGUCAAUACUGAACCCUCUGAAGAAGGCAACCUCACACUUUCAGAUAGCUACAUAUUCAAAUACUGCAUUUCCACAAAUGGUAUGGAGGCACACAUAGACCUCUCAGGAUGACAUUUCCAGAAGUGAUCUGCUCCCAGCUCAGUCUCAGUGCAGCUGCAAUAUGCUGUAUCAGUCUGUCAAAAUGGUUCUGAGAUUAUACACACAAAGAUGUGUGGGCUUUCAACAAUUAGAAGCUCCAAUGAAAAACUUGGAUUUGUUUAAUGAAGUGAAAUAUUCCCACAUGAACUGUACAGGCAGCAUUUUAGGAAUUGACAUUCAUAUACUGCAAAAAGACUAAUUAUAAAGAUGCCAUAUGUGAUGCUGAGAUAUAAAAUCUAAUUUUAUCAGAAAAGCUUGAAAGCAGGUGUUGAUGACAGACAAUUCCAUUAAGAUUUCUGCCAAGGAAACUCUAAGGAAAAAAACACCCUGUAAGUCACAUUUUCCCUCAGAAAGAAACUCACAAUUUACAACUAAGGGAGAGUAUAAGGGCCUAAGAAGGGAACAGAUAAAGAAAAAGAGCUUAAUACUGCAGCAGCCGUGGGUAGAACCUCCUACUUAUUUCUAUGAUGUAGUCAAUGUAAAUCCUUUCAAGGGCUGGUAUGUACUUUUUAAAAAAAAAAAGAAAACAAACCCAAAAAAGACAUGAGAGAACAGAUCAUCUGGGACUUCCAGAGUAAUCAUGGAUCUGCAUAAAGUUGUUUUUCAAGUGCUCAGUCUCUUCCCUUACACAGCUUUACAGAGAUCAAACAGGUAGAAGCCUGUAAUCAACAGGUAGAAGCCACUGUUGGGUGGCUCUUUUAAAUUCUUGGGAUCUGUGCCAGAAAACAAACUACUGGUGCUCAGUGGGCAGAACAGCAUUUCUCUUCAGAACCUGCUGCUUUUCCAUCCCAUUUAUUACAUAUAAUGUUCUAAUUAUUUUUUGUUUGUUUGUUUGUUUGUUUUACUUGCAAAGACUAGAGAGGUUCAGAAAUUAAAUUCAGACUAGUCAGAAGAGAAAUUAAAAUACUAAAGCUAAAAUUGUCACAUUUGGAAGACUGUUUUUGUAUACCAUGACAAGGGGCAGCCCAACUGAUGGAAUAAAGGAAAUAUGGCAUGAAUAGGUAAUUGCCUCAUUUAGGCUACUAGAGGUUGCUGUCUGAUCUGUAUCUUUUGAUGCUUUGCUGUAUCAGUUCCACCUAAAAACAGAAAGCUGAGCACCCAGGAUCACAUUCCUGUUUGCCCAGUGAUCUAUCACAGAAUACACGAUGUGAAAUAACUUACCCCUCACCCCAUUUCCUUUGAAAAAACUCUCCCCUCAUGUGAGUUAGAGCCUGAUUUAGGCCGUGAAGCAUGAGGGAAAUGGUCCUUUCCAACUUCACCAAAGAUCUCAAUAGAGCCUGCACAAGUUAUGAAAUCCAUUGCAAGUCACUGCUUGCUGUCCCUGAAAAUUAAAGAGAGAUCUAGAUAACCUUAAUUUGGUGUCCAAACUUGAAACAUUUUGCUAAGGUUUUCACUUCUGGAGGUCUGGUUCAAGUUCUCUGCUGGGUGAUAGGCAUAAAUUCAGUACUCUUGUUCCUGAUUCAUAUUGUGUGUGUGUAAACUAUCACACACCUACAAACAUCCACGCAGAAUAUGGGCCAGCCUGAGGUCAACUGCUGGACUGGAAGUACCAAGAAAGAAGUAAGGGAAGGAAGAGGUGGGCAUGUGCAGCUCAUGCACUCUGGUCAGGUUACAUGCUGCAAGGAUGGCAAGCUCUCUUCCUGAUGCAAAGGACACUGCAAACUCUCACUAAUUCUAUUGGCUGGGGGCCUUCAGAGAAUCCAGCUCCAAGCAGUGGUUUUAUCUGUUUCAGAAACAGUAGGUGCACAGAGCUGAAAAUCAGUGACUUUCAGGGCAGUUAUUUGAUGAGACCUGCAGACUUGCCAAAGAGUCACAAAUUUCCUCAGCUGUUGCUAGUUUAACAUUGCAAACGUUGGAUCCAAACUUUACAACACAUCAUUUCAAUAACCUAUAGCUUAUCUUAUGUUCUAGAUUUAUUAUUAUUUGUAGGGCUGAUUCUCUGUCAUUUCUGCCAAUAUUGAAUGGAACGUGUCCAAACUGCGUUUUACUAAAGAAAAUUAAAUACCCCAAGGAAUUCAGACUUUUAUUGUACUGGUUGAAAGGAAUUUUCAUUAUUGCAUUUUUAUAUAAGUGCUUUGGAUCAAAGACACUAAGUAAAUAAAGUACUGAAAUUUAAUAUGUUCUUAUUAUCAUGACAGUGACUUUACACAGUGCACAGGAAUUCCUUUCAUAAACUUAACUAACUCCAUGUUAAAAGUAAUCACAUUUUUCCUCCCUCCUCCUCCUGAAGACCAUUCCAGAGCUGCACUGCUCUACAAGGCUUGCACAACUUUUAGCAUAAUUUUAUUAAUGGAUGCUUUAUACCACUUUGUUUCUUUUUCUUAUGCCAACACUGCUUAAAUAUUUCAUUUUCCUCUUUGUGUAUUCCUAGUGUAUUUGUAGGCAGCAUCCAUAUGCUCUUACAUGCUUAUUUUCACAGGAUUAUACCUGCCAAGCUUCCUUUUAGUUUUCUUUCUGCAAGUUGUGUUUCCCUGACCAUCCUAGGGGAUGUAGCCUUCUUUCUGCUUUACUUCUGCCUAGACUUAUUAUGUUUGAGCUGGCAUUGUACUGCAUUGUACAGCAGUUUUAAUAUUUGCUUAUGACUAACAGCAUUUUUGACCGAGCAGGAUAAUAAUUUAACGGCUUAAGUAAUGUUUCUGUCUUAGCUCCACCCAAAAUAUGUAGGUAAGGAAGAAGAAUAAGGCACACUUUUCCUGCCAUUUUGUGAAGUAACCUCUAUUCUAGGGCUCAGUGCAAUAAGUGCUGAAAAACCUUACCUCUCAUUAAAUAAAAACUGCAGAAAAAUCAUUACACUUUGAAGAAAAAAUUCGGUCUCUCCAAAGCCUCACAGGGGCUUUGUGUAGUGUACUUUUUGAGUAGUCAGUACUUUUGCCAGAAUUCUUCACUCACUGUUGUGUAAGAGCAGGACAUCUGCAAUUCCAUAACCAGUGAGUCAGAACUGAAGGAUGAGAGGACUAAUUGGUCACUUUCUCCAGAGUUUGAAACUUGAAAAUUGUUGUGGUCAGAAAUCUCCUUACUAUGGAUAUGCAGUUUACUGAAGAACAUUGCAUUGGCAUGUGCUCCUCCUACCUGUGACAGUCAUGUUCCUGGCACCAGUGGAAAUGCUGUGCCUACUCUCUUUUGUCUGAGAGCUUUGUAUUGUUUAAAGUAGGAUUGUGGUACCAUUUCAAAUGAGGCAACUUACUUGAUUGCCAGGAAUAAACUGUUAGAGAAUCUGAUUUCUAGUACAAAUCUAGGUUAUUAUGAGAGUUGGAGAUGCCCUCGAGAAGCAAUAUGUUACAUUAUUUUCCUGAGAUGUAAAAUCUAUAUAUAGAUUGUGAUUAAGCUUUUUAAGUAUGUUCAGAUUUUGUAUUAUUGCCUGGCUUAUUACUCACUUACUUUCAUCAGUCGCUAAUUCUCUAUUUCCCUGCAGACUACCCAUUUUGAAAGCAGACUGUUUUUUCCUCACAUAUUAUAUAGAGCAUGAGCUACUUCACAUUGCAAACUUAAAAACAAAGAACUUGGCAUUUAAUUUUCCAACUUUAAUACCUCCCGUAUUUGUACCUUUUUGUAUAGAUCUUUACAAGACUGCAGGGAACUACUGUAUCUGGUGCUCUUUGUACUGCGUUUCUUGUCCCAGUAGUGUAUAACGCACUCAAAAACUCAGCUUUGUGCCACAAAAUGAAAAUUAAAUGCAUAAAAAUGA